CGCAAAAGUGGCGAAGAAAAUUUGUUCACUUAAACGAAAAAGUCGAGCAAAUCGAGCGCUGCGGAAAAUGCUGUGCUGUGCAUGAGUGAAAAGUGAAAAGUGUAAAGUGUAAAGAAAAGGGCUUGCAAUGUGUUCAGUUGUGCAUGAGCUGGUGAAUCUCGAAACGCAGUCAGUGUAGAGCUGGCCUCUACCCAAAAGUUGAGCAACUACCGAAAUUUAAAUAAGGCUGCUAUACGUAUUUAUGUCGCGGAUUAGCUGCACGCAGCCCGUAGAGCAACAUGGCGUUGGCAAUUUGGGCCUGGCGACGCCUCUGUCUGAGCCUUCUCAUUGUGUUCAUCUAUUAUGCGCCUGGCGUCAGCGUACUCGCUGCAGAGAAUAUCAACUACAAUCUAGUGCAUUCCUGGGCAGACAAACUGGGCUUGGAGCUGUUCUCGCUGGGCGAUUUUAUCACGCGCCGCAAGCAGGUGCAAGAGAACUUCAAGGAAGCCAAAGUGGUUACACGUCAAGGCUCAGUCAUUGUCGAGGGCAUGGCGAAAGAAAUAGAAAUGAUGAUGGAUCUCAAAGUCAGCGCUGUGCGCCGCAUUAUGGACACUGCUGAGAAUACAGCGCUGUCGCAUCAGAACGAUAUGCCAGAUAAGAUGUUUUCAUAUUACAAUGCCAAAGAAAUGGCGGAGCCAGGCGAGCCGACACCGCCGCCACCGACAACGCCACCGGAUAUGGAUGAUCAGAUUGGCGAACCGCUGAUCUAUGUCCCACCCAAGGUGUUGACGCUGGAGCCGCGUCCCGAAUUCCACAAUACACCAGUGAAUUUCAGUGUCAGCUCCGUGCAUGUGCCGGUGAAUGUGUUCGAUCGAGCAUCGGAUGUUAUUAAAGCAAUACAAUGGUCGGAGAACUUGGAUCAAAUAUUUCGUGAUAAUUAUAAGAACGAUCCAAGUUUGUCGUGGCAAUUUUUUGGCAGCUCUACGGGUUUUAUGCGUCAAUUUCCAGCAUCGAAGUGGAAAAAGGACGUGCCGGUCGAUCUAUACGAUUGCCGUUUACGCUCUUGGUACAUGGAGGCGGCGACCAGUCCUAAGGAUGUUGUCAUCCUUAUGGAUGGGUCUGGUUCAAUGUUGGGCCAGAGGCUAGAUAUCGCAAAGCAUGUUGUCAAUACAAUACUCGAUACAUUAGGUACAAAUGACUUUGUGAACAUCUUCACCUUUGAUAAUGUUGUGCGCCCAGUUGUUGGAUGUUUCGAGGAUACACUAAUUCAAGCAACUCUGGGCAACGUACGUGAACUGAAAGAGGCACUCGAGGGGUUAACGCCCACCUCGAUUGCCAAUUAUACCGCUGCCUUGUUGAGAGCUUUUGAGGUGCUAGAGGAUUCAAAGAUCAACUCAAAUGGUGCGCAAUGCAACCAGGCGAUCAUGAUUAUUGGUGAUGGGGCACCAGAUACUAAUGAAGAGGUCUUCCAAAUGCACAAUUGGCAGAAACCUCCCUAUAAACCCGUGCGCGUGUUUACCUAUUUAAUUGGCAAAGAGGUCUCAAAUUGGGAUGAUAUACGGUGGAUGGCAUGCCAGAAUCAGGGCUAUUAUGUUCAUCUUAGCGAUACGGCAGAGGUGCGCGAAAUGGUUUUAAAUUAUAUACCAGUGAUGGCUAGACCAUUGGUAUUGGGUAGACAUGAUCAUCCGGUGAUAUGGACACAGGUCUAUGCGGAUCUUGAGGAUACAAAGCUUUCCGACUAUUUGUGGGAGAUAAAGCAGUGCGAGGAUCAAAAGGCGGAUGUCUUGCAAUAUUUUCAAGUGCAGGAACGCAUGCAAGAGCCACAAGAGAAGAACAAGCGCAACUAUCAGCGCCUAAAGGAGGCACUGAAUCAACCUGUGGACUCGAAUGUUUAUCAGUUUAUGACCACCGUCUCCAUGCCCAUUUACGAUCGUCGCGAGAAUGCGAAUAUCACCGAAGAAGUAUUAAUAAAUGAAGCACUCUGGGAAUUGCAAACACGUGAGACAAGAAUCGCUAAUUUGUUGGGCGUGGCUGGCACCGAUGUGCCAAUCAAUGAGAUUAAAAAACUGCUGUCACCAUUUAUGCUUGGCGCAAAUGGUUAUGCGUUUAUAGUAACCAACAACGGUUAUGUUCUAUUCCAUCCAGACUUUCGUCCAAUUUUUCAAGGCUAUAUACUAAAGCCAGCUUACAAUAGCGUUGACAUGAUCGAAGUUGAGUUGUUGGAUGACGAUCGAGCGCCCAGAGACUUUAAUCCGGUACUCAUGACAAUACGAGAUUCGAUAAUCAAGCAACAUACUGGCAGCAAAUGGAUGUUGGUUAAAAAUCAUUUCGAUGAAAUGAAACGUGUGGCUCGCGUUAAGCGUCAGUAUUACUGGACAGCUAUAAAGAAUACGCCAUUUACGCUAGUGAUUACCUAUCCUGAGCGUUAUGGUGUCAGUCGCGUCGAGCCACGCGCCGAGCACGAUAUUCAUCGCACUUAUAUAACGGGCAAGGACAUACGCAGCUUCUUCGAUGGCAAGCGCUGGAAAAUCCAUCCCGACUGGCUCUUUUGCAAGCAAACCAAUAAGACCUUUCGUACGCCGGAAACGGAAUUAUUAUAUUUCGUGGAUCGUAUGUCUGAGCCUGGUUGGCAUUGGCCAUCGAGUCGAAGCGCUAUGCCCCCGGAGCAUGCAGCGGCCAUUUAUUCUAACAACUCAUCAGCUGGCCGCUAUCCAUCAAUCAAUGAUAAAGAGCGCUACUAUUGCGAUCGCCAGCUCAUGCAGUCUCUAGUCUUUGAUGCACAUGCCACCACUUGGUUCCCCAACAUCACCAGCAUUAAGGAAGAGAAGAGCGUAAGCGCAUCAAGCCCAAUAGCUGUUCUAAUGGGUUUGCUGCCAAGACACGAAUUCAAGGCUCGCUUUGGCAUCACAGUCGUCUUCUUGGCCACACACAGUGGUCUAACGCGUUGGCAUGAGUUUCAUACCAAUCUCGGCGAGCAGCCCGGUCUGGGCGAGAGCUUUAGCCAGCAUAAUAAGCGCGCCAUUGAUGAGAUCUGGUACAAACGAGCCGUCGAUCAAUAUUUUGUUAAUAAGGAAAGCUUUGUCUACUCUGUGCCCUUCGAUGCAGGCGAGAGCGAGUCGGAAAUCAUUGUCACUGCCAGUAAUGCGAUAUUCCAUAAUGAAAGCGCCAAAUCAGCACCUGCAGCAGUUGUGGGCUUUCAAUUUCAACAUUCAGCGUUUUAUAAACUGUUUCACAACAUUACGGGCAAUGCAUGUGCGGUGGAUGACAAAGACUGUUAUAUAUUGGAUAACAAUGGGUUUGUGAUAAUUUCCACGCGCGUACAUGAGACUGGCAAGUUCUUUGGUGAGGUGAAUGGAGCGAUCAUGAAGCGCCUGGUGGAGGAGAAGGUCUACAAGCGCGUCAUUGUCUAUGACUAUCAAGCGGUGUGCUUUGAAUCCAAACUCAAUCCCAAUGCAUCCAAUAUGCUGCUAUCGCCGCUGAUUCAUGUGAUGCGUAUGGGCAAAUGGCUGCUGCAUACAGCGCUGUGGUAUAUUGUGCAACUGCUGCGUUUGACGCCGGGAGUGGCGGCCAAUUUCAAUGAGUACUUGGACUUGAAUGGGUCGGAGCCGAUGCCGGAGCCUGAAAUGGAGCAUAGCAAUAACAAUAACAAGCGCAACCACUGGCUGCAGUACAUAACACUGAAGCACACGCGACUCAAGCCGUGCGACAUGCAACGCGAACUGUACACAUUGUACAAUGAGAAGGACAACGUUGUUUACAAUAUGACAGCGCAUGCAUGCGAGCGGCCAUUUGUGGUGCUGCCCAUACCCAAUAGCAAUCUCAUUCUGCUGGUCAUCGAUCAGAUGUGUCCUCGUGACCCGACGCUCGUCCUCAGCGUCAAUCCCAAGGUCAUCAACUAUCCCUUUGCGGUAAACGAGACGUUAUCCUGUUACAAGCAUGUGCGCAGCUUUAAUCGCGUGCGACCCGCCAGCUGCAUAAGUCGGCAUAUUAAUGAGAGCAGCAUUACUUUGUGCGGCAAGGGCAGCGUUUUGUAUGCGAAUCUAGCGCUGCUGCUACUUGGCCUUGUGCUCAGUCGUUGGCUUUAACGUUGACAUACUUAGCUAAAUCUAAAUCUAAAUCUAAAUCUAGUGCAAUAAUGUUUUUUGUAUUAUACAUGCAUAUGCUACAUACUACU